CUGAUUGCAAACACCUCGCUUUUUAGCAGCUGCUUCUGCACCGUGGAUCCUGAAGCAAAGACUACAGCUGCAGUCAUGGCAUCGGCAGGCUAUGGAUACUACAGAAGCACCAUAUUUCUGGCCAUGUUUGUGGGCUACACGCUGUAUUACUUUAAUAGAAAGACUUUCUCCUUUGUGAUGCCCUCUCUGAUGCAAGAAAUCAAGCUGGACAAGGAUGACCUGGGAAUGAUCACCAGCAGUCAGUCUUUGGCCUACGCUAUCAGUAAGUUCAUCAGCGGCGUGCUGUCUGACCAGAUCAGUGCCCGCUGGCUCUUCUCCAUUGGCCUGUUCAUGGUGGGAGGCAUCAAUGUGGUCUUCUCUUGGUCCUCCACUGUCGCUGUCUUCUCUGGCCUGUGGUUUCUCAACGGCCUGGGCCAAGGCCUGGGCUGGCCUCCCUGUGGCAGGGUGCUGCGGAAGUGGUUCGAGCCGUCCCAGUUCGGGACCUGGUGGGCCGUUCUCUCCUGCAGCAUGAAUCUGGCCGGCAGCCUGGGCCCCAUUAUUGCCACGGUGCUGGCCCAGAGCCACAGCUGGAGGGCCAUCCUGUCCGUCUCCGGAACGGUCUGCUUGGCCGUCUCCUUUCUGUGCCUGCUGGUGAUCAAGAACGAGCCCAGAGACGUGGGGCUGCCCAACGUAGAGGCGUCCAGCAAAAAGGGCAAAGGAGGGUCCUCCAGCAAUGAGAGCACCCUGUCGGAGUUCCUGCUGUCGCCGUACCUGUGGCUGCUGUCUGUGUCCUACCUGGUGGUGUUCGGGGUGAAGACGGCCUGCACGGACUGGGGCCAGCUGUUCCUCAUUCAGGACAAGGGCCAGUCCACGCUCAUGGGUAGCUCAUACAUGAGCGCCCUGGAGGUGGGAGGCCUGCUGGGCAGUCUCGCAGCAGGCUACCUCUCUGACAAGGCUGUGGCCAGGCAAGGGAUGAAAGUCUAUGGCAACCCCCGCCAUUUCAUCCUGAUCUGGAUGAUGGCUGGAAUGUUUGUGUCCAUGUACCUGUUCAGGGUCACGGUAACUCCCGACAGCCCGAAGAUAUGGAUACUUAGCCUGGGGGCCGUUUUUGGCUUCUCCUCCUAUGGACCGAUCGCAUUGUUUGGCGUAAUAGCCAAUGAGAGCGCCCCAUCCAACUACUGUGGGACAUCACAUGCCAUAGUUGCCCUGAUGGCCAACAUUGGGGGCUUCCUCUCUGGAUUACCAUUCAGCACUAUUGCCAAACACCAUGGCUGGGAAACGGCCUUCUGGGUUGCAGAGGUCACCUGUUUGGUCACCACCAUUGGAUUCUUCUUGUUACGCAAUAUUCGAACCAAGAUGGGACACGUGUCAAAGAAGGAAGAAUAA